CGCGCGCGUGGCUUUCAAUUAAAGGCCGCCCGACAAGGCUGAUCUUCGUCAGACGUCAAGAGGUGGUGAGUGGCUUCCGAACUUGAUGGGCUCUCGGCCCAACAGCAAAGACGAUGUGCGAUCACCGCCAUAGUCGCAAGGAGAUGAUUAAUUAUCCUUUUCUUUGCUUGAGCGGCUGACCCAAGAUGGUUGUCUUCCUCGAUGUGGUCAGUCUCGAGCCUUCGGUAGGCUUUUGUGAGACUAGCAUUGAGAUGGCCGACGUUAACGAGAGCGCUGCCGGGCCCUCGUCGCCACGGGCCCCCACGACGCUGUCGGAGGACUCACAAUCAAUUAGCGCCACUGCACCCGAGACAGCCGCCAGCGACGGCUCAGGCGAUGUCGGGGCACAGCCGACACGUUCUCCAGCUAAUGGAGACAGGAUGUCCGUCGCAGCCAUGGUGACGCCCACGGGAUCGCCCAAGCCUCCAAGCACCCCAGAGAGGCAGAUCAACCCUCAACGUGCCGAGAUCAACGACGAUGAUGGGCCGAAAGGCGCGGGGGGAAAGCAGGGAACCUCAAAUGGCGCUGCUGAGGAGGGGAAAUCUGCGCCUUCGCAACCCGGCGAGGAGGUCGAUCGAAGCGCUGAAGAGACUGAACGCGACACAAAAGUGACCGAUGGCUCUGAUGGGGAGGUAGACAGGCAGAUUCCUGGAUCCGCGAAGGAAGGCAGGGAGGAUGCAGACCAAGAUGAAGGGCAUGAAGGCGAUGGUGGCGAUGACAACGAGGGCGACGAUGACGGAGAGGACGAGGGAGAGGAUGUCAACGAUGACUCCGAGGAGGAAGAAGAGGAGGAGGAUGACGACGAUGAUGAUGCGUCAGACUCAGGAAGCGAGGAUGAUAGCAGGAGCGUCAGUCGAGAGUCAGCCAUGGAAGGGGUCGAAGCGACCGAAGCUGAAGGGAAAAGAGAAAGCGGCACAGCCGAGCCGUCACAGGAAAAAGGCGAUGCAGAGAUGGAUCAUGAGAAAGGAUCAGACGGAGGCAAGGAUGCAGGGGAAGGUGCAACCGAAGAAGCAAGCGGCCACAUUGCUGCCCCCAAGCCCAAGCCAAAGAAGAAGCGACGGAUCACUCCAUCCCUUGAGCCUGCACCUCAAGGUCCCCCUCCUCGGCCAACGGUCAGGCUUGCGCUCAUCGUCUCACACGACGACGACUCUGAGUACAUGGCCAACGUACCUGUGGAAGUGUACAAACACCUCAAGGCUAAGAAUGACCCUUACGCAGCGUGGUUCGAAGAGUCAAAAGGUAUCAGUUCUGCUUUGGCACAGGAAGAGGCCGAGCAAGAACGAGGGAGCCAGCGACCGGAUUUGUCGGAAUUUGGCGAUCUUGCCCGGCUUCUCGAGAAGUAUCCAGUCGACAAGGGCAACAAAAAGCGGAAACGAGCAGGUCCAGACGACGAAUACGAUGUACGUGACCCCUUUGUCGAUGACUCUGAGCUCAAUGUCGAUGAGCCCACGCAUUCAGCCAAGCCGAGCUCCGAUGGUUUCUUCGUCACGGAAGGUCCUGUGGAGCUGGCCCAGAUGAAGAGGAGCAAACAACUCGCCAACAAAGCAUCUGGCGCUUCAAACGGCGGAGCAGCCGGUUCUGGAGGGAGCGGCGGAGGACCGGGGGGUGCAAAGAGGUCAGCGGCACCCGUAUUUACACAACCCGUUGACGGAAUCGGUGGUGUAGGCGAAAUCAUGAUCGAGCACCCGUCGUCAAAGGUGCUGCCUCAGGUCAACAUUCUUCUUCAUAGAUGGGCAGUCUAUACGGGUGCUGUCCAUCCGCAGCCGCCACCACCAGUGGCGCAGGCUCAGGUUGACGGCAGCGGGCGCGAAGCCGCUGAAGGAGCAGGCGCAAUGGGUGUCAGCAGUCUCCUCAAUGGUCCCAAUCCAAGUGAAUCUCCGGUCCGUUUCGACGGGACACGACAAAGCCCCAUCAAGGUCGAUGACGACGACGGCGAUCCACGAAAGCCAGCGCCGCCGCUUAAUGACGCACGUAAAGCCUCUCGAUACCCUACGAUUCCCGUCGACCUGAAGCUGCAAGAGGCAUUCGACAACCUGCGACAGCAAAUUGCUCGUGAAUCGUGGCUCAACAAAGCAAAGUUCCCACCGGCUCUCAAGCCACCUCUCGUUAACGUGGCCAUGCUCGCCAUUGACCUUGGAGAAUACACCGACAACUUCUUCAACCACCUCCCGCAGCUCUUUCCCUAUAAUCGCUUUACUAUGCAGGUCAGUAAACUCACCAAGCGGGAGGCGUUUAACAGUCAUCAUCAGAAGAUGAUCGAUCUCCGAGAAGUGCACAUCGAAGCCUUGCAACGGCAGAUCCAAGAACAUCUGCCAGCCUACAAGCGCGAGUACGAAGAGGCCUAUCAGAGAUGGCUUGACGAAGGCGGGGCAGACAAGGAAGGAGCUCAACAUGACGGUCCUGGCGCAUCCACGCCGGCGGGCGAAGCCACGAACGAGGAGGCUGGCCUAGCUGACGGCGAAGAUGAGGGUGCUCCAAAGAGUGAGGGCUCAAAGCCGGUCAAGCGCUGGAAAUGGAACGAUCAGAUGCGAGAGAUCCUCUUCACCAUUGUUGCCAUCGAGGAUGCCAUCGUCGAGCUGCGCAACGAGAAGACCGAGCUGGAGAAGUCCACAGACAAAGCCAGCAACAUCACGUCUCGAAAAGCCCUGUACAAACGCCUUUCUGACCUUUGGCCCGAGGAAGGUUGGACUACGACCACCUAUAUUUCCCGAGAGAUGGGUCUUUACAAGCGCAAGGUCGAUCGUUACGUUCCGCAUGUCGAGGAAAUUGUUCCCGCCACUUGAGCGAACCUCACGUUCUGCUCUCCCGUGAUCAGCACAUCCAUCCAUUACCCCAUUCAUAGUGCGAAUGUAACCUUUCAAUGUAAUGUACCCUUCGUCUCUCUAAGUAGAAGACGUGCUCGAGAUGAUCUGCACUCCUUCCCGGCCUUUGGUCGACAAGUUGUUGUAGGCAAACAUUAAACCCACGUUGCCUGGCCCGAGCACACAUUCCCACUGCCCAACCCACCAUUUCGAAGCUCAGGCAUACGUAAGUGUGUCAGCCGAGGCUAAAUCAGUCAAAGUGGCAUCAUGAAGAUCGCAG